UGGACGCACGAUCGGAUGGGCGAGCAGUUGUUAUUUGACUUGAGAAUUAUAACAAAGUUACAGUUGAGAUUACAGUACCCUUAUCUAGUGUUUGUUAAAAUGGAAGAUUGGAAGCAAAAGUUUGCAUUACCGACCCGUUUUAAACAGCAAAAAUUGGUUCGAUGGGAGGAAUGUCCCCCAUCUCACAUUAGCACUCAUCAUGUGGAUUUAUGGAGAGGGUGCCCUGAUUAUCUACAUUCACCGGAAUUUGUAACAGCUCUGAAAGAAGUAGUGAAAAGCGGCGACGUUGCCUUACAUCAGUAUACAAAGGGAGUGGGACAUCCUCGGCUUGUAUCAGUGUUGGCUAAAAUUUAUUCCAAUUUAUUGAAACGAUGUAUCGAUCCCUUCGAUAAUAUUUUGGUUUGUAUGGAUAUCUACGGUGCGAUGACAAACACAAUAUUGAGUCAUAUCACAAAUGGCGACGAAGUAAUAAUCGUUCAACCAUCAUCUGAUUUUUACGAAUACAUAGUCGGAGUGGCAGGGGGUGUAACAAAGUUUGUCCCAUUACGGUUGAAAGAAAAUGUAACAACACCUUCCUCGGGCGAUUGGGUAUUGGAAGAUUUGGAAUUAGAAAAGAUGUUUACUUCCAAAACGAAAUUGAUUAUUCUUAGUAGUCCAAAUUGUCAUGUCGGAAAAGUAUAUACAUUGAAGGAAUUGGAAACCAUUUCAAGAUUAUGCAAGAUGUGGAACGUGGUUUGUGUAUCAGACGAAAGUGAAGAAUUUUUGGUUUACCAACCACAACGCUUUAUUAGAAUCGAUCGGAGUUCGUGAAUUGGCAAUGUAGGC